ACUUCUCUCAAUCUUCUUCAUUAGGGAUUUUUUUUUUUCCUCUUCCAUCUGUGGAGUAAAUAAAGAUGCUGAUAUUGAAAGCACUUGUGCUGCUGGGCUGUGCACUGGGCAUCAGCACGUUCCCCAUGGAAGAACCUGAAGAUGGAGGCAAGCACUGGGUGGUGAUUGUUGCAGGUUCGAAUGGCUGGUACAACUAUCGACACCAGGCAGACGUGUGCCAUGCAUACCAGAUUGUACACCGAAAUGGAAUUCCAGAUGAGCAGAUCAUUGUCAUGAUGUAUGAUGAUAUUGCUGAUAAUGAUGAAAACCCUACAAAAGGCAUUGUCAUCAAUAGGCCUAAUGGCACAGAUGUGUAUGCUGGAGUGCCCAAGGACUACACAAAGGAGGAUGUUACUCCAAAGAACUUCCUUGCUGUUCUCAGAGGAGAUGCAGAAGCAAUGAAGGGGGUGGGAUCAGGAAAAGUAUUGAAAAGUGGUCCCAAGGAUCAUGUGUUUGUUUAUUUCACUGACCAUGGAGCUCCAGGACUUCUGGCUUUUCCUGAUGAUGAUCUUCACGUGAAGGACUUGAAUAAGACUAUUUGGUACAUGUAUCAUCACAAAAAAUACCAGAAGAUGGUGUUUUACAUUGAAGCGUGUGAGUCUGGAUCUAUGAUGAAUCAUUUGGCUGAUAAUAUCAAUGUUUAUGCCACAACAGCUGCCAAUCCCAGAGAGUCAUCGUAUGCAUGUUACUAUGAUGAUGAAAGGCAGACUUAUCUUGGGGACUGGUACAGUGUGAAUUGGAUGGAAGAUUCAGAUAUGGAGGAUCUAAGAAAAGAAACACUCCACAAGCAGUUUCAGCUGGUGAAGAAACGAACCAACACCAGCCAUGUGAUGCAGUAUGGAAACAGAACCAUCUCCUCCAUGAAAGUGAUGCAGUUUCAGGGCAUGGGGAAGAAAGCUGUUCCCAUCUCUCUGCCAUCUGUGGAACACUAUGACCUAACGCCUAGUCCUGAUGUGCCUCUUGCAAUCAUGAAGCGAAAGCUGAUGGUUACCAAUGACAUUUAUGAGGCUAAGAAGAUUGCUGCAGAAAUGAAAGCACACCUGGAGGUGAGAGAAUUUAUCCAAGAAUCCAUGCGAAAGAUAAUCACCUUAGUAACAGGAUCAGAAGAAGAGACCAAGCAAAUUCUGUCAGACAGACUGACCAUCAGCAAUUAUGACUGCUACCAGUCAGCAGUGAACCACUUCAAAACUCGUUGCUUCAACUGGCACUUAGCCAUGUAUGAGUAUGCACUGAGACAGCUGUAUGCCUUGGUCAACCUUUGUGAAGGAGGAUACCCCAUUGACAGAAUAUGCCUGGCCAUGGAUAAAGUGUGCCUUGGGUAUUAAUGGAAACAGCAGUCCCUAAUAUAACCCUUAGUACAAGUGAUAACGUCUCGUAACUGUAACAAUCCAGACUUUACAUGCAUGCAACAUGAAAGAGUCAACCACUGUACUGGAACUGUGCUGGGAGCUGAAGUACCUGACCGUGAGCAAUACAUGUGCCCUCCUCUGCGUCCCCAGCUGCUGCCAGCCUGCUGGCUUGACAGACCACCUGGAACUUUCAAAUGGACGAUUUGCUUCAAAUACAAUGCUCUUCAGAAUCUCUGGAUGAACACUACAGGCCACCUAUCAGAGACUGUUAAAUCUGUGCUAAAUUUAAACAUUGCUGUUAAUUCAGGAUUUUAUUUUUGUUUUAUACUAUUGCUAACUAUAAGCUUUUUAAGAAAUGUUAAUGAAUUCUAUUGCGGUGACUAAUUUGCAGACUGGUAAAGAAUGAAGAAACCAAAGCUUAUUCUUUAAGCUUUAACUUCUUAAGAGUUUAAAGAAAUUAGUUGCUUUUGGGAACUACUGGAUGUGAACAGCACAGUUAAACUGUGAACAGUGAAAGGCUUUGUGGGUAGAAAGCACUGUUUCCCAAAGAAAAACACAAAUACCUAAUGCUGUAAAUUUAGCAACUGUAUAUUAUAAUUAAAUGUAUAUACAUGCAAACCUGUGGGAAGUCACAGAGUAUGGGAACUGCCUGUGAAUAAAAAUGAAGUUGACAAUGUCAUCAACUUACAGGGCAAUACAGUGUUAGACAUCUUGUGUCUUGAAAAUAAAUGAGACCUAAUUAAUUUUA